AUGGACAAAUUACAAUUAUCGCAGUAUGGCUGGGAGCGCCUGGCCAGGGCCAGCCUCCAUGACAGCAUUGUCGGCUGUCUCAUCGGAUCCGCGCUGGGCGACGCGGUCGGUCUUUACACCGAGUUCCUCUCGGGCGACAUGUCGGCCACCGCAUAUCCCGCGCGCAAGUUUGUCCUCUCCCCGGAGUCGCAGGCGACUCCGUUCCACAGAGACUCGCACAGAGGACCGCAUCGACCCGGCGAGUGGACUGACGAUACCGACCACGCCAUGCUGCUCCUGCUCUCUUGCUUGCACACGGACCUCAAAACUCUCGACCCAACGGACUUUGCUGCCAGGCUGCACGUCUGGGCGCAGUUUGGCUUUCUGCCCCUUGAUACCCUGCCGCUGGGGCUGGGACGCACGGUGGGCGCCAUUGUGAGGACCAAGACAUAUCUCGACGACCCGGAGGCGACGGCCCGGCGGCAUUGGACCAACUGCCAGUACAACGUGGCCCCAAAUGGCAGUCUUAUGAGGACGCAUCCGCUGGGAUUAGUGUGUCUCGACAAGAGCCUGGACGAGACGUUUGAACUGGCAGCCGCAUUUUCGGUCGUGACGCACGUCGACCCUCGAUGUGUGGUCUCGUGCGCCAUUGGGACGGCACUCGUCCGCGGGCUGGUGUUGCACGAGGUUCACACGGAGGUACAUAUCGAUUCCAUAAUCGACACGGCCAUCCACUGGUAUGCAAAGUACCAGGCUCAAGCGUUGCAAGAGCACCCGGAAAGGCGAGACGAGCCAGGCUUGGACGUUUCAGAGCUGCGCCGGCAUGCCACGGUAGAGAGCCUCGACGAUUUAGAGCUGGACGACCGCUACAAGAUGGGCUACGUAUACAAGACGUUGGGCGCAGGCUUGCACCUCCUCCGUCUCGCCAUGCGUGAUACCGCGAACGGCAUGCUCAAAUCACGGGCACUGGCGUUCGAGCCGCUGAUCACGGACCUGAUCAUGCUAGGCGGCGACGCCGACACCAAUGCCUGCUUUGCGGGGGCGCUGCUGGGGGCCUAUUUGGGCUACGCCAAUCUGCCGCUCAACUGGCGCCAUGGGCUGCGGCACGGCCCGUGGUUGCUGAGCAAGGCCGAGGGCCUGAGCCAGAUAUUGGGCGUGGCAGAUGGCGAGUAUGUCGGGUCAGCAGAUCAGGAGACAGCGCGGGACGGCGGGCGAGGUGGGAUGCCUUCAGAAGCUGAUAUGGAGCGGAAGGUUAUGGUGCUGCAGGCGUGGAUGGCGGAGCAAGAGCAAGAGGCCAAGCGGAGGGCCACCAAACUGGAGGAUAAGCAUUGGUUCAAGUGGAGGCAUCAGCCAUGA